AUGAAUCACCUUAGAUUGUUUAAUAGAUCAUUGACUACUGCUCGACCCUUUUUGACUGCUCCUCGUUUUGCUGCAGCACCUGUUGGAAGUCAAAUUGCACAGUUCAGCUCUUCUCGCAUUGCUCAACAUGCUUCUCCUGUCAAUGAUAACAGCCACCAAAUUUCUGGAAAGCCUCCAGGUGUUCUCGAUGUUGCUGCACAGCACUUAUUGUUGACAGAACUGAUGCGUGGCAUGUGGGUUGUCCUCGAAAACUUCUUCCGCCCACCUUACACCAUUUUCUAUCCAUUCGAAAAGGGUCCUCUCUCCACCCGUUUCCGUGGUGAGCAUGCUCUCCGUCGCUACCAAUCAGGUGAAGAACGUUGUAUUGCUUGUAAAUUAUGCGAAGCUAUCUGUCCUGCUCAAGCUAUCACCAUUGAAGCUGAGCCUAGAGAAGAUGGUUCUCGUCGUACUACAAGAUAUGAUAUUGAUAUGACCAAGUGCAUUUACUGCGGUUUCUGUCAAGAAGCUUGUCCUGUUGAUGCUAUUGUUGAAACACCCAACUAUGAAUAUAUUACCGAAACCCACGAAGAGCUCCUUUACAACAAAGAAAAGCUCUUGGCAAAUGGUGAUAAAUGGGAAGUUGAACUUGCCAGAAACUUGCAAGCCGAACAUCCUUAUCGUUAA